CCUACAUCUGCCUCCCACUCCACCGCCGAUACCUACCAAUGUACCCCUCCCCGAGCAAAACCUUCCUCGCCGCUGUUGCGGUGGCAUUGACGCUUUCGAGCGCCGUCGAGGCUGUGCCUGCUUCUGCCAGCAGCAGCGGCAAGCCAGUGUAUCCCGGUGCAAAGGGGCUGAAGUACUUUUUCUCAUUUGGUGAUUCGUACACCCAGACCGGAUUCAACCUUACCGAUGGAUCGCCCAUGCCCAGCUCUGGAAACCCCCUGGGAAAUCCGGUGUAUCCGGGCUGGACUUCUGCGAACGGCCCCAACUGGAUCGACUACCUGACCGUCGAAUUCAACAAGACGGAGACAUUGACCUACAACAUGGCAUACGGCGGAGCGACAAUCGACGCGGCGCUGGUGGCCCCAUAUAGGCCCGAAGUAUUCUCGCUCAAGGACCAAGUGCAAACGUUCUUCCCGCUCGCCUCCGGCCAUGCCGCGAACUGGAAGGCCUCCAACUCCCUGUUUCUGGUCUGGAUCGGUAUCAACGAUAUCGGCGGUAGCUACUGGGCUCAUCCCGACGAUGUCGAUGGGUUCCAGUCGGGAUUGAUGGAUGUGUAUUUUGGGUUGGUUGAUGAGCUAUACUCAGCCGGCGCACGGAACUUCCUCUUCCUCGACGUCCCCCCGAUCCAGCGGGCGCCUUUGACGGUGGAGUCAAGCGCGGAAGCCGUCGCUCUCGAGACACGAGCCGUAAACUCCUACAACGCCCUCCUCAGCUCACGCGUCAGCGCGCUCAAGAAGGCGCACACCGAUGUGUGGAGCAAGAUCGUGUCGACCACCAAGGUGUUCAACAACAUCAUGGAUCGACCGGCGAAAUACGGCUUUGAAAACGCUACGGGCUGGUGCGAGGAGUACUCUAAUGGCACGCCCGAGUGGGAUACACAGUACUCUGAGUGUGGACCGGCUGUCGAUAAGUAUGUUUGGCUCAAUAAUUUGCAUCCCACCCAUCUCGUGCAUAAGGAGGUUGCGAAGGCGGCGGCGAAGGUGUUGUAG